UUGCUGGUGUUUGUGAUUUUUUUUUAAUGCUGGGGGAAGAAACUGUUAGUGUACCAGGUUGUGAGAAAGAAAAGAAGUUGAUUGCUAGAAGAGUCUAAAAUAAAACCUUCAUUUGAAUGUAUUCGCAUUUUAAACCUUUAGCUUAAACUAAGUUCCUCGUAAGGAUUUAAAACUCGACAGUUUAUCCACCACGAGAAAAGAAGAUGCACCCCUCUGCCUAGCUACACAGCACGCACCGCUAGCAUGCCUGCUUUCUUGGCCGUUUUACAGGAUAUGUGGUGCGUGCUAGCCAGAUAGCCGUGUCUCAAGUUGAUGUUAGCUGGCUGCAGAAAGCGAUGCAAAUUAUCCCUGGACCGAACUUCUUUUAAGUUGAAAUAAUUUCGAAUGACUCUUUUAUAAAAUAUGAAAGAGAACACCAUGCUGAUAUCCGAAGACCAAGAUGAGGGGAGAGAGGCCCGGCCUCACCCAACCUUGUAAAGUUGCCUGUCCCAUGGAUGCAUAGCCAAAUCAGGCCAUUUCCUCCUGUGUCGGCUUAAUCUGCCUCUCGCAGUAGACUGACUAGACCGAACAGAGACUGAGGGGGGGGGGGGGGGGGCAAAGAGGCGGAGAAGAGGGAUAGGAAGUGACAGACAGAGACGAAAACACAGAAGGACAGGAGGGUGGAGAUUUAGUGAAGGUCUGGAGGCACUGGUGGGAGCUCUCAGCAUUGGUCCAGUGGUGCAGAGCGGCUCUGGGCAGACGGGGUGCCCCAGUCCCCCCGCCCCACCGCACGCGCCCCUCUGUGGUGCCCCGGGGCGACCAUGUCCGGAGGGGAGGCGGAUGCCGACCACCCCCGCUUCUUUGUCGGUGCCGAUGAAGGGGAGGGUGACGAGCUCCUGGACCCGGGCCGGGUGCUUGGCUACGACUGUCUGUACGAGAACGUGGAGGAAGAGGAGGAGGAGGACGAUGAAGAGUAUGACUCGCCCCCAGAGAGGCAGAUUGUGGUGGGCAUCUGUGCCAUGGCCAAGAAGUCCAAGUCCAAGCCCAUGAAGGAGAUCCUGGAGCGCUUGUGCCUCUUCAAGUACAUCACAGUGGUGACCUUUGAGGAGGAGGUCAUCCUCAACGAGCCCGUGGAGAACUGGCCCCAGUGUGACUGCCUCAUCUCCUUCCACUCCAAAGGUUUCCCGCUGGAUAAAGCAGUAGCCUAUGAGAAACUCAGAAACCCGUUUGUCAUCAAUGACCUGGACCUGCAGUACUGUAUCCAGGACAGGAGAGAAGUGUAUCGGAUCUUGAAGGCAGAAGGAAUCCAACUUCCACGUUUUGCAGUUCUAAACCGGGACCCCGCUCUACCAGAAGGUGUGUGGUGUGUGCGCAUGCAUGAAAAUGAGUGUAACUUGGUGGAGGGAGAGGACCAUGUGGAAGUGAACGGAGAGGUGUUUCAAAAGCCGUUUGUGGAGAAGCCAGUUAGCGCCGAGGACCACAACGUCUAUAUCUAUUACCCCACGUCAGCAGGGGGUGGCAGCCAAAGACUAUUCCGGAAGAUUGGCAGCAGAAGCAGCGUUUACUCUCCUGAGAGCAACGUGAGGAAAACAGGGUCCUACAUCUACGAGGAGUUCAUGCCAACGGACGGUACUGACGUGAAGGUGUACACGGUGGGGCCAGACUAUGCCCAUGCGGAGGCCCGCAAAUCGCCAGCGCUGGACGGAAAGGUGGAGCGGGACAGCGAGGGCAAAGAGGUCCGGUACCCCGUUAUCCUGAAUGCCCGAGAGAAACUCAUCGCCUGGAAAGUCUGUCUCGCCUUCAAGCAAACUGUGUGUGGCUUUGAUCUGCUGCGUGCCAACGGACAGUCAUACGUCUGUGACGUGAACGGCUUCAGCUUUGUGAAGAAUUCCAUGAAGUACUACGAUGACUGUGCAAAAAUUCUGGGGAACAUCGUCAUGCGAGAGCUGGCUCCUCAGUUUCAGAUCCCCUGGUCCAUACCGCUGGAAGCUGAAGAUAUACCUAUCGUCCCCACAACCUCAGGAACUAUGAUGGAGCUUAGGUGUGUCAUUGCCGUGAUUCGCCAUGGCGAUAGAACUCCCAAACAAAAAAUGAAAAUGGAGGUCAGACAUCAAAGAUUUUUUGACCUCUUUGAAAAAUGUGAAGGAUAUAAAAGUGGCAAGCUAAAAUUAAAAAAGCCAAAGCAGCUACAGGAAGUAUUGGACAUUGCCCGGCAGCUAUUGGUUGAACUAGGACAAAACAAUGACUCUGAGAUUGAAGAGAGCAAAGCAAAACUGGAGCAACUCAAAACAGUCCUCGAAAUGUAUGGACAUUUCUCUGGAAUCAACCGAAAAGUCCAGUUGACAUAUCUCCCGCAUGGCCGUCCAAAAACUUCCAGUGAAGAAGAAGAUGUGAAGAGAGAUGAUCCCUCCCUGCUGCUGGUGCUGAAGUGGGGGGGUGAGCUAACCCCAGCCGGCAGGGUUCAGGCUGAGGAGCUGGGUAGGGCCUUCAGGUGCAUGUACCCCGGAGGGCAAGGUGACUAUGCGGGCUUCCCUGGCUGCGGGCUGUUGCGCCUACACAGCACCUACAGGCACGACCUGAAGAUCUACGCCUCCGACGAGGGGCGGGUACAGAUGACUGCUGCAGCCUUCGCUAAGGGUCUGUUGGCGUUGGAGGGCGAGCUGACGCCCAUCCUGGUGCAGAUGGUGAAGAGUGCCAACAUGAACGGCCUGCUGGACAGCGACAGUGACUCUCUGAGCAGCUGCCAGCAGCGUGUCAAAGCCCGGCUCCACGAGAUCCUGCAGAAGGACCGCGACUUCACCGCCGAGGACUACGAGAAGCUUGCACCAACCGGCAGUACAUCCUUGGUGAAGUCCAUGCAGCUGAUCAAAAACCCAGUGAAGACCUGUGAUAAAGUCUACUCCCUCAUCCAGAGUCUCACCCAGCAAAUCAGACAGAGAAUGGAGGACCCAAUAGCUACUGGUAACAGAAACCGAGACAUCCAGCUGUAUCACAGCGAGACACUGGAGCUGAUGCUGCGGCGCUGGUCCAAACUGGAGAAGGACUUCAAGAUGAAGAACGGCCGCUACAACAUCAGCAAGAUCCCCGACAUCUACGACUGCAUCAAAUAUGACGUGCAGCACAACAGCUCCCUCAAACUGGACAACACCAUGGAGAUCUAUCGCCUGUCGAAAGCACUAGCAGACAUAGUCAUACCACAGGAGUAUGGCAUUGUCCAACCAGAAAAGCUUGACAUUGCCAAAGGUUAUUGCACCCCGCUCGUCCGCAAAAUCCGUUCUGACCUCCAAAGGACUCAAGACGAUGACACAGUCAACAAGCUUCACCCGGUGUAUUCCAGGGGAGUGAUGUCACCAGAGCGUCAUGUGCGGACCCGACUGUACUUCACCAGCGAGAGCCACGUGCACUCUCUACUCUCCAUCCUUCGCUACGGGGCACUCUGUGACGAGGCCAAGGACGACCAGUGGAAACGGGCCAUGGAGUACCUCAAGGUCGUCAGUGAGCUCAACUACAUGACCCAGAUAGUCAUCAUGCUGUAUGAGGAUCCUAACAAGGACCCUUCAUCAGAGGAGCGGUUUCACGUGGAGCUGCACUUCAGCCCUGGAGCCAAGGGCUGCGAGGAGGACAAGAAUCUGCCUGCAGGGUUUGGCUAUAGACCGGCAUCACGGGAGAACGAGGGUUCCAAGAAGAAGUCCCAGAACGACAGUGAUGAGGAGUCCGGCCCAGUCAAACGUGACGAACCGGACCGAGCCCUCAUGAUGUUCCGACCCAUGGUCUCAGACCCCAUCUACAUCCACAGGAAGUCUCCUUUGCCCCGGUCCAAAAAGAUCGGCUCGGUGGAAUCCCCAUUGCAGCCAGACUUUAACAAGACCACCACUGGCAAAGAAGAGAGCCCCCUGAGUGUGUCUAGCCCUGACUCCUAUGGUACCUGGACACAUUACACCUGUGGUGUUGGUACUGGGCGUCGAAGACGCAGAUCAGGGGACCAAAUAACUUCCUCCCCUGUCUCCCCUAAAUCACUGGCUUUCACAUCCAGUAUUUUUGGCUCAUGGCAACAGGUGUUGGCAGAGAACAACAGCCAUGCUAGGCCAGGCAGGCUUCAUUCCGAGCACAAACUGACCACGGGCAUAGGGUCGCAUUGUGCAGGCCUGUUUAGCACUAUGGUGCUCGGGGGCUCCUCCAGCGCUCCUAACCUGCAAGACUAUGCGCGCGCGCACCGUAAAAAGCUGACCUCCUCUGGCUUCUUAGAUGAGGCCACGCGUGGUUCUGCCGUAAAAAGAUUUUCUAUCUCAUUUGCGCGACACCCAACCAAUGUGUUUCCCAGUAUGUUCUGUGGGUUUGAGCUGUAUUCAAUGGUUCCCUCGAUCUGCCCACUGGAGACCCUUCAUAACUCACUCUCCUGGAAGCAAGUGGACGACUUCCUGGCGUCAAUUGCAAAUGCUCAAGAUUCCUUUUUGGACAUCUCGGCCUCCUCCCCAGCUGUUCCAGCAAAGAAGGCUCCGCUGAAUACUUACACUCCAGCCAAGAUUUUACCAUGUCCAUUCACCCAGUCAUUAGCAAAGCAGGCCUCUGAAAGGGCAGCUUCAGUGACCGAGGGCACAUCAAGCCGACGGGCUACGUCUAGCCUGGCUGACCCUAGGGGGACAAGCAAGGCAUCAAAGGAGAGCUCUCCCCUUUGCACAUCAACGCCCAGCAAAACAGAGCCUACGAGAGUUAGCCAUAACCAGCAAGGCCCCAGUGCCAUCCAAGCCCCAGCACAGUCUGCAGCCUGUCCAAAAGCAGCCACUGCAACACUGGCAAAACCACAGGAGGAUGGAGAACUGAAGACAGCUACGUCUACCUUGGAAAGCAGUGGUGGGACCAUACAAGAGACUUUAUCUCACGAGGGCUCAGGAGACAAGACCAAGAGAAAAGUUACCGAUGGCACGGUCUCUGAUGUUGAGGUGCACACUGAGCCAGUGGUACCCAGCACCCCAAACGAUCACAGUCCAUUUCAGACUUUAAGCAAGGGUCAAUAAGCAAAUCAACUAGUCUUGGUUUUGGGACAUGAAUUUACGAGUUACACAAACUGAAUGUGCCAUAAAGGUGCAAACCGUCCUAUGAGUUCUUUCCCUGUAAGAAUCCUAAUGUCCGAUUUAGUGUAGAAAGGAUUACACCUAUCACUUGAACUUUUAAGAUUAGCACAUUUUAAGAGGUUACAAAUCCACAGUACAAGGAUGCCAUAUUGAGGUUCACAGAACGUAGCUGUGUUGUGUAUUGUGGAACAGACACAGAAAGCCAUCAUUUUCUUGUCAGGCUGUUCAUAUCCUUGUGUUGCUGUUGUUACUGUCUAGCUUUUUUGUAUAUUUGAAUGUAAAAGCAGUUGUUGAUAAAAAAAAAAUAAAAAAAAGUGUAAGAAAAUUCUUUUGUCAGGAAUGGUUACUGUUUUUGAAUAUGCUGCAGCCAAUGUUUCCUUGUGGAAAAUUCCAGAAUGGAGCUAAAUAAAAUGGAUGAGGUUUCUCAUUCAGAGAUCACAUUAUUAUUUUGGUCCAAAGUGUAAAAGGGCCGUGUAAAGGGUCAGUUAAAAUGUACUCACAAACUGACACACACACACACCUUUUCACCAAAACACAAUCACCCAAACACCUAAAUGUUUUUUGAUAUAUGUUUUAGCCAUACUGAUGAACUUGCACUUUGAUAUCUGAACCAUUGAAUUGGAAGUGAGAGUCUGCCUUACAGAAUGUGAUGAUUGUCCUUUAACAUCAUGCUUUAUUCCAUUGCAACCAAACAUAAUGUUGUGUAUAUAAUGGAAAUAAACUUUGUUGGAAGUCCCUUGCAGGGGUAUUCAGUCAA